AUGAAGCAAGCAUACCACAGCAAGACGUAUAAGGAAAGCAGCACAAAGUACCACCAAGAAGUCGGCACACCUCACGUCAUGGCACCAUCAGCACAAUACACCCCAGAUGAGCGCAGCAAAGGCGUAAGACUAGCAGCCAAAAGGACAAAAUACGACCAAGACCUCGUUCACGGCAUCCUGAACGAAGUCCCCAUCCUCCACGUCGCCUUCAACGCACCCCUAAAAGAAGGACCUUCAUUCCCAACAAUCCUCCCGAUGCUCGGCGCAGUCGCAACAUACCCCUCCGACUCAGAAGCCAGCCUAUACCUCCACGGCUCCUCCGUGGCACGCCUCUUCCGCCUAACGAACGGCGGUGGUGAACUGCCCCUCUCCGUCUGUGGCACCUUCGUAGACGGCUACGUCCUCGCCCUAGCGCCCUUCCACAACAGCUGUAAUUAUCGCUCCGCGGUGGUGUUUGGAUACGGCAGUGUGGUCGAGGAUGAAGACGAGGUUCAAUUCGCGUUGAGACUCAUUACGAACAAUAGUAUUCCCGAGCGGUGGGACAAUAGCCGCAAACCACCCCGUAAGGAUGAGAUCCAGUCGACGGGCGUGGUGAAAGUGAGGAUCGAGACCGCGUCUGCGAAAGUCCGAACGGGCGGACCGAGCGAUGAGAAGGCAGAUUUGCAGAAUGCGGAGGUUGCGAAUAAUACUUGGAUUGGUGUUGUGCCGACGUAUUUCACUCUGGGCCAGCCGAUUGCUGGAGAGGAGAAUAAGGUGAAAGUUGUUCCGGAGUAUUUGCAAGAUUGGGUAGCUGAUGCGAACUCGUUGAACGAGCAGAAGGCCAUUGACGCGGUGCUCGAGGGUUGA